CACUGCUUCUCCCACAACACUCAUCCCUGUGUGAGUGUGUGUGGAGUGUUUUAUCCUUUAAAGCUGCACCUUACCCCAGUGUGUGACCGCCUCGGAGCUGGUCAGGUUAGCCGCCGGGCCGGUUCGUUUCCAGGGUUACCUCCAGCGGACUGACCGGAACCAGCUAGUGUUCAUGUUAGCUAACAUUAGCCAGCUUUAAGAAGCCAGCAGACUCACCCCUCAUAGUCAUGACGAGAAGAAGUAGUCACCUGCACAAAAGAUCUGAAAAUGCUCUGAUUCAGAAAGGCAAGAUAACCAGGCAAAGCAACAGAAGGAAGGCUCAGCCCUUAUCAAAACUACAGUGUGAGAAGAAUCAGCUGGUCCUCGAAGGUGUCGCUAGGCCCUGUGUUCUCAUUGAGACUCCUGAGAAGGGGAUCGGCGAGAUCUGUGAUGAACCGAGCCACGUGACCCUCACCUCCAGAGAGGUCGUGGUCCAGCCGACUCCUCUCCCUGCUCUGAGUUGGGGUUGCUCUGAAGAUGUGUGGGUGAAGAUGGUUGGCAAGGAGCAGAAGUACACACACAGUAAAAGCUUCCUGCAGCAGCACCCCAGAAUACAACCAAGGAUGAGAUCAAUCUUGCUGGACUGGUUAGUUGAGGUGAGCGAGGUCUACACCCUCCACCGGCAGACGUUCUACCUGGCGCAGGACUACUUUGACCGCUUCAUGCUGACCCAGGACGACGUUGAUAAGGGCAGCCUGCAGCUCAUCGGGAUAACGUGUCUUUUCAUAGCAUCAAAGAUGGAGGAAAUCUAUCCUCCCAAGCUCGCAGAGUUGGCAUAUGUGACAGACGGGGCCUGCUUUGAAGACCAGAUUCUUCAAAUGGAGUUGAUUAUUUUAAAGGCAUUAAAUUGGAACCUCUGUCCUGAGACGCCGGUGUCUUGGCUGAAGCUCUACAUCCAGAUGGCAUCGAUGAGCGACAACUCUGACCUCCUGGAGCCGCAGUUUUCACAGGACGUCUACGUUCAGAUCACACAGCUUUUGGACUUGUGCAUCCUCAGCAUAAACUCACUGGACUUCCAGUAUCGGGUUUUGGCCGCUUCAGUGUUGUGCCACUUCCUUCAUUAUGAGACAGUCCAAAAGGUUUCAGGUCUGUCGUGGGACGUCCUGCAGCCCUGCGUUGACUGGAUGGCCCCCUUUGUAGAAACUGUGGCCAGGUUUGACAGAGCACUACUGAAGGAUUUUGUGAAAGUGAAGCCAGAAGACAGACACAACAUCCAGACACAUGCAGACUACAUCAUGUUGCUGGAUGAAGUCAGUCACAGAGAGAUGGAGAGCCAGCUCCUCACUCCACCCAGCAGCACAGAGAAGACUUUGACUCACUGAACCUGAUCUGACUCUGAACUGAGGGAGCGCGGAGCACAGGCGGGCCAAACGGGCUCUCGUGUCCAGACGAGUGGACGACUGCCUCCAGCCAGCCGAGGAACUGCCAACGUCGACCAUCUGGGCGAGAGGUUGCUGCAAGACGCCGCUGCCAAGCAGCCAGAUCCUGCUGUUGUACAAUGUAAAACCUGACUGAAUGCAUAAUCCAGGAUAAUUUACAUGCUUGUGUUUUAUAGAAACUUGAAUCUUGGCAAAAAGCUUUUUGUCCAAAGAUCUGCACCAUCAGCUGGGUGCUGUGGGUAAAACAGUGGCAAGGAAAAGUAUUACUGAUCAGUUUUUAGAAGAAUCUGAAAACGAUACACACUAGAACAAAAGGUUUGUGGUUUGCUUGUUAUGAAUUACAUGUAUAGGAGAUGACAUUCCAUAAUUAGAUUUGAGAGGUGCAAUUGUUUAGUAAAUGAAAUUGUAUAUACCAACAGGUGAAAUCUGUUGGAACACUAUUUAAAGCUCCACUGAAAAUGUUCUCAAAUUAUUUAUAAUGGAUGCUGUUAAAACCAGGGCAUUGGUUGAUUCGCUCAGGGAGAUGAAACAUCACUCAUGAUAACUGUAUUUAUUUGAAAAUGUUUAUUUUCUACCACAAAAAUAAAAUGUACAUUUUUUUUCCCAA